AUGGAAGUGUUGCUUCUUAUUUACGUUUUGUUUUCUAGGGUUUCAUACUUCAACCCUAGCCUUGUAUUCUUCUUCUCUGGUGUGAAUCAGUUAGAACACCACAAGCCAAUGAUUUCCCAACGCAAUAAACGUUCUUGGAGUUCGAGGAAAAGAAGAGAAAACUUGGAACUUAUCCCAACUGAUGUCAUUAUGGAGAUUUUCUCGAGAUUGCCGGCAAAGUCUGUCGCUAGGUUUCGUAGCCUGUCGAUGCUUAACCUUCCAUAUUUCACAGAGUUGUUCUUAACCAAGUCCUUGGCUCGUCCACGUCUCUUAUUUGCGAUCAACCAAGGCAAUGAAUGGCUCUUCUUCUCAUCGCCUCAGCCUCAGAAUCCAUAUGAGAAGUUGUCUCUUGUAGCAACAGAUUUUCAUAUGAGAUUCAUUUCAUGUACAGACGACAUCAGUUGUAGUUAUUCUUCUGGUUUGAUCUGUAUCUAUGAUUGCCGGAUCCAAAAAGAGGGAAUUGAUAAGAUGAUAAGGAAGAUCCAGGGUCCACCCUUAGCCUAUGGGCGUUGUAGUAUAGGGGUAUGCAUCAAUGGGGUUUUGUAUUACAUAGCUUACGACGACGACUUAACUGGAGAGGUUAAAGUGAUUGUCUGCUUUGAUGUUAGGUCUGAGGAAUUCAAAACUGUAGACGCAAACCUCUAUUGUUAUCAAAAGCAUCUACAUCUAGUAAACUAUAAAGGUAAAUUAGGUGGGAUUAGUUGGGAGUAUGGUGAUGACACCCUUAAGUUGUCUAUGUGGAUUCUAGAGGAUGUGGAGAAACAACAAUGGUCUAUAGAUGUCUACACUUUGCCUAACAGUGAAAUCGUUGCUCCCUUGUAUUUAUCAGUUGUUGGAGUGACCGCAACAGGUGAAAUUGUUUUGUCGAUGGACUAUACAUGUAAACCGUUUUAUGUUUUCUACUACAAUCCCAAGAGGAACACUCGCCAAAGGUUUGAAAUCCAAGGUUUUAGAGGGUUUGGGACUGAUUGCGGAGUUUACACCUUUGUUGAUUAUGUAGAGGAUCUUAGUCUUAACGAUGCAAAGCAACUCAAUUUAAGCAUCUAUACUCCAUCUAUGAAGAACAAGCGUAGCCUAAAUGCCAUCACGAAAAGGCCAACAUCGGGAAGAAGUAAGAGAAAGGGACAAAGAUAA